AUGCCACAGAUUUCAUCUUCUGCAGCGCUAAUUAACCGAUUUGAAAAACUCAGUAUUACCGUUAGAUCUGCCUACCGACUACUACCUUAUUUAAAACGUUGGAUUGCUCAUGCUGAACAAAAACAAUGCAGUAAAAUUGUCGCAGAGAAAUUACCAGUCUUCCAUUGUACUAUUCCUGUACGCGCUGUAGGCAAUGCUCGAGUUAAUAUGUUAGCUCGUUUAGGCCAAAGUCAUAGCAAUAAUAGUAACAAUGAUAAUAAUAAUUCUGAAAAUCCAUCUGUUUUGGCCCUUGUGACAAAACAGGUUAAGAAUAACAAUAAUGAUGUAAGUAGUACUCCUUCAGUUUCAGAGAAUAUCAGUCCUGAUAUAUCUGAAUCACCGUGUAAAUUAACAGAUCCACAGCAAAAGCGAAGACGUCGUCGACGGACUUAUUUUUCCACUGAGGCUCUAUCAAUAUUGACAGAGUUUUAUGAGAAGAACUCUAGACCAAAAGGUGCUGAUUUUGGUGCAUUGGCAACUCGUAUAGGAUGUGAUAGAGAAUCUGUUCGUGUAUGGUUUUGCAAUAGACGUCAAUUCGAUCAGCAGUGUUCUAAGAAAGGAUAAUUUCACUAAUACACCUCUGACACAUGUACAAAAAUUACCAGUAGUAUUGAAGCGGGAGAAGACGAAGACUUGGUAAACCAAUGUUAAUUUAGAAAUUGGUAUCUCUGUAUAGCCAAAGUAUGUGUACUCCUAUCUUCAACGCACCACUUUGCACAGAUCUUCGUGUUGUGGUACUUCUGGACUUCAUAUUGUGUUUCUUUGUGUUCCUUUCACGUCUCCCAUGUAUCUCCACAACGCUGUAUCAUUUGCCUUCUCUGAAAUCAAAUGUAUCUCCCUGCUAUUUGAUGUUUUUAUGCCAGCCGAUGAACGUCUC